CCUCCUCCGCCGGAAGUGACGUCAGCCGACCGGAAGUGGCCGGCGGCCUUUCCGGUGUGGCGGCGUGAGGGCGGCGGAGGCGAUGCCGACCGGGGACUACGACUCCAAGCCCAGCUGGGCUGACCAGGUGGAGGAGGAAGGAGGAGAGGAUGACAAGGUGAUCACCAGCGAGCUGCUGAAGGACCUGCCCCUGCCCGGGGUCCUGGGCGGCCCCUCCAGCGCCGAGGCCGAGCUGCUCAAGGGAGGUCCCCUCCCCUCCCCCAAGGAGGUCGUCAAUGGCAACAUCAAAACCAUCACCGAGUACCGCGAGGAGGAGGACGGCCGCAAGGUCAAGAUCAUCCGGACGUUCCGGAUCGAGACCCGCAAAGCCUCCAAGGCCGUGGCCCGGCGCAAGAACUGGAAGAAAUUUGGGAAUUCCGAGUUCGACGCGCCCGGGCCCAACGUGGCCACGACGACCGUGAGCGACGACGUCUUCAUGACCUUCAUCACCAGCAAGGAGGACCUGAACUGCCAGGAGGAGGAGGACCCCAUGAACAAGCUCAAGGGCCAGAAGAUCGUCUCCUGCCGCAUCUGCAAGGGCGACCACUGGACCACGCGCUGCCCCUACAAGGACACGCUGGGGCCCAUGCAGAAGGAGCUGGCCGAGCAGCUGGGGCUGUCCACGGGCGAGAAGGAGAAGCUGCCCGGAGAGCCGGAGCCGGUGGCAGCUCAGGUGAGCAAGACGGGCAAGUACGUCCCGCCCAGCCUGAGGGACGGCGCCAGCCGGCGCGGGGAGUCCAUGCAGCCCAACCGCCGAGCCGACGACAACGCCACCAUCCGCGUCACCAACCUGUCGGAGGACACGCGCGAGACCGACCUGCAGGAGCUCUUCCGCCCCUUCGGCUCCAUCUCCCGCAUCUACCUGGCCAAGGACAAGACCACGGGCCAGUCCAAGGGCUUCGCCUUCAUCAGCUUCCACCGGCGCGAGGACGCGGCCAGGGCCAUCGCGGGCGUGUCCGGCUUCGGCUACGACCACCUGAUCCUCAACGUGGAGUGGGCCAAGCCCUCCACCAACUGAGCCGCUCCCGGCGGAUCCCAGCGGAUCCCGGUGGAUCCCAGUUCAUCCCAGUUUGGCCCCAGUGGAUCCCAGUUCAAUAAAGCUCCGGGUUCUGGCACCGC